AUGUUUCCUCGGAUGCGAAGGAUGACUCUACUGGACCUGCCUACCAGGAGUGCGGUGCUGGCCGAGAUACUACAGAGAAGGAAUACGACGAGCAGGGAAAUGGAAGGAUGUCUGGUGGAAUUCGUUAUCAAAGCGUGGAAGGAAGGAAGAAAGGUUAGAGAGUGGUGUAGGGAUGUACAGCAGAUACUGGAAGUGAUACACAUUACAGACUCACUUCGAGAUCUCAUACCCUCAGUACCGAUGAGAAAUCUUCUGCCAUUCGUCAAUGUUCCUUCUAACGCUUAUUUCCCUACUACCGAACCACCUCUACCACCGCCAUUCAUUCCCACUGAACUCUUGCCUUAUAUCACCCGCUCUCAACUCAUUGAAGCACUAUCAAGAUUGAGUGUGGAAAACCAUAACGAAGGUAGUCGACCGUUCUGCGAUGAACCACUCAUAUACGAACUUUGCUUUUCUUACAUAUCAACGGUCUGGAAGGACAAGAACUUGGAUAUCGGAGAUAGCAAUCUGAUAGACUGGAUAAGCAAAAGUCUGACUGAAGUUGAAUACGAACUACAAUUACAAGGAGAAUCAGGAUCGACCAGCAUUUUACCAAUCUUACAUGGAUUCAGAUUUCAACUUGGGUUUGUGACUUGCUCUCAACUCAUCACACGGCUCAAUUCAAAUUCGAAUUCGAUAUCAUCUUUACUUCGGAUUGCGAAUCCCACCGAGUCCUUUGACACCGCUGCGACUGCCAAUACUGUCCAUCAAGAUGGUACAACACUACUCGAGACGUUCAUACGAUCAUGGAUCCAUAGACGACUUUCUGCUGGACUUGGAUAUCGGGCUAUAUCCGACGAGCUGUCCAAUACCAAGGAUAGGAUAGAAGAUAGGGAACAUAAAGAUCUUAUUGACACAACGUUGGAAAACGAAUUGGGAUUCUGCAAUAAUACAUCUACGAAUCUUUCAACGGAUCAAUCCGGCUUACUCUGGUCAUCACCUUCCUCGAAUCCAGUUCAUCCUGAUAUAAAUACCGGUACGACCACAAAGACCGAACCUGAAGAUCUAUAUUCUCAACUCGCUUCGCCAAGUGCGUUGUCCUUAUUGACCUUCAGGAUGGGCAGAAAACGAUCAUUCGGCCAUCACACUCCCAAAUGGCUAAUACACAAAAGGAACAACUCGUCUUCGAGCAAACUUCGCUUUCCAACUUCAGAUCAUUCGAGACCUUCUUCAGGUUACUUUGGAGGUACCUUCAUACCUGAAUCGUCUUCCCUCACUUCGCCUUCUACCCUCACCUUUUCAUGUCCCCCACAUGGAAAUGACGAUAUACGGCAAUCGACCCUCUCUGAAAAUACGGUAACCAGGCAACGCACCACAUUUCGUGAUGAUCUCACUUCGUCGUUGAUGAGUCUGACGGAUCCGGAAGAUGUCAGAACAGUCCUCUUGAAUCAACUGAUGGAGAUGCGAUAUCACUUGCACGGCCACGAGGAUGCAAGUUGGUUUCUUGGUGGAGGAAGAGAACAUGCCGAGGAGCUUUUGUCUCACCUGGAGAAGAAGAUGAUAGGUAAAAAGGAUUUGAUGGGUCUCAAGGAGGUGUUUGUAUCGAUGAGAUCAGCUUUUGACCUUCCUCCGCUGGUUAACACCUGUUACUCUGCUAUCUUGUCAGACCAAUUAGACUCACCCUUCAGUAGAGGUACGGUUUCCGAAAGAAAUUCAGUUCAAAGGGAUUCACUGAAUUUAGAUCAAUUCUUCGACGAAGUGGCACAAUUACCUGAUACGCUGGAGGAAAGUAGUUCAAGGGAGAACGAUGAUGGGCAUUAUCACGAAGCAGAACCCGAAGAUGGGAGGUAUGGUCAUGUCGAGCCAACAUACCAACCGGUCCGAGAAGAAGGGAAAAGAAUCCUUUCAUAUGGAGGAUCGGGUGAACCAAGUCAAGACGAGGGGCAUGCAGAAGGAACGGAUACAGCUCGGGGGCCGUUCGGUCGACGGACAUCUACGAGUGCUCAUUCGGUUCUCACUAUGACUUCAAUGUUCACAACUGAUUCUCAAACGGAAGGUACAAGACUAUCGUGUUUUGAAAUCCAAGAAGCUCAUAGAGAGUAUCAUACCGAAUCUCAAGCUAUCGAAUACCAUUUCCCUCUUCCACCAUCGACUCCUCCUCCUCUUUCCGCCUCACAGAUUCAAUGGCAGCUAUUCGAGAGGAAUUUGGCUUCUGUACCUGAUUUGACCGAUAUCGAAGGAAAAUAUACGAGAUUGCCACUGAAGGUAGGUAGCCUAAGAACGAGCAAAACGAGAAUUGCUGCAUCGAUUAGUGAGACCACAUCUGAGGAGCUGGGACUGAAUACUGUCCCCUCUACUCCUACUCAACAACCGUCUCCAGGUUUACCAGAAGAUGCUCAGGAAGAGUUGAGCAUAAUCUCCUGCAAGCAGGGACGCCACUCAUCUAUCGAACCGAUCUCGCCAAUAUGUCCCCUGUCCCCCUCUUCAAUGACGGAAGAUUCACCUUCCAAAUCCACCUUCGACGCUCACAUCGUUACUCCUACUACAAUUCGUCAUCCUUAUCCCUAUGGACACCAUCAACCGCUUUCGACCCUUUCCUCUGAAGCUACCCUGUACCAUCGUCACGAUCAUUCCCAUCUUAUCACCCCCGACAGACGAAGAGCUUCUUUAGGCCCGAUUGAUAAGAAUCGAAGACAGAUUCAUCGACAUUUCGCUAUAUUCGAUGGUGAACAGGUAUCCCCUUCGAAGGAAUUAAGAGAAUUGGGUAUGGGGAUGGGAAAAUCGCUUGAAGACCCUGUGACGCCUACCACAAAGUUGACUGACUUUUCCGAAUCCGGUCUUGUAGAGGAGGAUACUCAACACAACCCUAAGACGGCAGAUAUAACUCCCAAAGUACGAUCGCGAACUUCUAGAUCUGGUAUACCGAAUCCCUUGAGGAUCGUACCUCCAAGACCAUCAUCCUCUCAAAUGAAAAAUAUAUUAUCAUUCUCAAGGCCAAGCGGUGCAAGAAACAUCUCUUCAUCAUCAGCAAGUAAGGAGGAUACAGCUUCCACCCAAUCUCAGACUUUUGUACCAAAGUCUCCCAUACCUCUUAUGGAAGUUUUGGACUUGUUCAAAAGACAUCAAGAGUCUGAAGAUGGUUUGAGUCUAUGGGAAGUUGAAAAUUCUUUGUAUCGAUUGAUAAACAUUGAAAAAGACAGGGUUGAAAGGUCGAAUGGAAUUUGGGAUGAAGAGAAGAAAAGUAGAGUGAGGUGGUUGAUUGAGCAAGUCGCUAUUAUGCUUGGCGAUCCAAUAUACGUCGCACCGAUCAGCCGAGUCGUAGCCUCUCUAUCCUCAUCCGACACCCAAAACCAUCGUCCCGAAUCAAUGACUCUGACAGCCUCCAUCCCUUCUCAAGCAUCUUCAUUUUCCGUUGUCAAAGUACUUGAAAGACCACCUUUACCUCGAUACAAGUCCCAACCCCAAUUUCCAACUUCAUUCUCAUCUUCUCCACCUCGACCUGAACCAGUCCGACCGAACAUACUGCGUAGACAUACCAGAGAAUGUCUCAGUGUCGGAUCGAUCGAUUCUGCAAGUUCGAUCUACUCUACUCCUAGUGCCACUGACUCAUUCUCAGAAAAAAACUUGGAAUUGGAGAUGGAAUUAGAGGAGGAAAUGAUUGAUUUCCCAUGUCUACCUUCACCUUCCAUCGGAGGUGUGGUGAUUGACGAAUCGACGAGAAGUAGAUGGGCGAGUGUAGAUAGAGAGAAAAGUAGAUUGAGGAGGGUAUCGAAAGGAUUUGGAUAUGUGGAUUGGGAUGUACCGUUACCUCAACGUAUGGAAUGGCCUGUACCCCAGGUCAACCACAAGCAAAGACAGAGAUAA